AUGGCGAAACCAUCAAUAGCCAAGAAGCCUAGCGGCCAAAAGGUAUGCGGAGCGCCAGGUCAUGAACUAACGCAACUUGGGAUUCAAAUCAAAAGCCAAGCUGGCAAAACUACGCAGCAGGAUCACGCGGGACGGACAGAGUCUGUGAUCAUUGCUACACAAGCCUUGAUAACAGAUCCUGCCCUGCAUUCGCUUCAGAAUAACGAUGAAUUACCAACUUUUCCAUUGACAGCCACGACCAGAGUGAGGGAUGAAGUCAAUGGCUUUGUGCCAGAUGGUGGUCAUCAUGAAAAAGUCACAGUAGAGCAUGCUGAGGCGGCGUCUUUUCUCAAGAGGCGAGUUCAUGAGCCGCAAGCUUCUGCAACACUGUGUUACAGUGCAGAUGAAGAAACUCGUCAGAAGAAUCAACAUGAUAAUCAUCUGUCAGACGUCAAUCCAUUAUUCCCCCCGCUGCCACUCUACGGCCCUCCCUCGUUCAAGAGCAGGCUGCAAUACUUUGUUUUCAGGCUCUCGGCUGCAGUUUUGAGCCUUUCAUUCCUUUGUUUCAUUGUGAUUGCUUCACUGAUCACAAGUAUCCCAAGACUAAUCAAGAAGAUUAUUUACAAGUCGACACAACGAGACAUCAGAAAAUUGCGACCUUUCUACGAAGAGGAACUUCGUAGAGCAGACAUUCGCAAGCAGAAGCAGAAGGCCUGGGAUCAUCGAACCUCGGCCGAGAAGAUUGGCGGCGAUCAGGAGGGAACUGCGGAUGAAUAUCCACCUACUGAGGGAGGCAGGGACAAGAUCGUUUGUGAUGUUGGAUACUACGCGCGACGAGUAGGACUUGACGUUGAUGCGUUCAAAGUUCGCACGGAGGAUGGUUUCCUUAUCGACCUCUGGCAUGUAUACGACCCGAAAGAAUAUACCACGCCCAAUACCGAUACCGAGACCCCUGAUACAAAUAGCCCCGGGAAGAUAUUAAAGUCCAGCGAUAAGAAGACAAAAUUCCCGGUGCUUUUAAUGCAUGGUUUGCUGCAAAGUUCAGGAGCUUACUGCAGCAAUGAUGAUGACUCUUUGGCAUUUUGGCUCUGCAAAUCUGGGUUUGACGUCUGGCUAGGCAACAACCGAUGUGGAUUCAGCCCUGAUCAUGAGUCUUUUUCUCCAACCGAUCCUCGUAUGUGGUGUUGGAAUAUACGACAAAUGGGCAUUUUCGACUUGCCAGCGUUGACAGCGCAAGUGCUUGCAGAAACUGGCUUUGACAAACUUGGACUUAUAUGUCACUCGCAAGGCACGGCCGAGACUCUGAUUGCUCUCUCAAAGGAUCAGUGCCCAACGCUUGGGGAGAAGUUGACGGUAUUCUGUGGCCUGGCUCCGGCUGCCUACGCUGGGCCCAUCAUCGACAAAUUUUACUUUAAAUUUAUGCGGAACAUUUCACCAUUCUGGUUUCAAUUCAUAUUUGGAAUACACGCCUUUAUACCAUUCAUGAUGCAAAUGCAUUCACUUAUGAACCCCACAAUAUUCGGUUGGCUGGGAUACAAAGUCUUUUCCUUUCUUUUUAACUGGUCUGAUGCAAGAUGGGACCGGGGGCUGAGGAACCGUCUCUUCCAGUUUGCACCAGUGUAUGUCAGCGUAGAAACAAUGAGGUGGUGGCUCGGCCAAGACGGCUUCGCCAAGCACAAAUGCAUCCUGUCAACGAAGGAGGAUCUUCAAUUUGAAGAGCAACAGGAUAACAAUGGUCCGCACAAUGGCUCAUUACCUUCAAGUGACCAAUGGUACAAUGAACUCGUCCCACCGAUCGCCAUGUGGGUUUGUGGGAAUGAUCAGCUGGUCGAUGGCAAACGACUUCUGAGACGAUUUACCAAUGGGCAAGAGCCGCAUGUGAAGAUGAUACACAGCAAGGUGAUAGAAGAUUACGAGCAUCUAGAUGUGAUUUGGGCUAUCGACGCUGUGGAGCAGGUUUUUAUCGAGAUUCGCGAAGUUCUCUGGAAAACAUGCCAUGCCCGAGACAGAUGCAGAGUCCCAGAAGGCUGCGAGGCGAUACCUGCAUGGACUCCGGGAAUAGAUUCAACGACAACCGUCAUAUGA